AUGUGGGAAUCUUAUGAGUCCCAAAUCAGCCGGAAGCCAAUCACUCAGCCCCGUAUCAUCAUCCAUGGUGGGGCAGGCAACAUCCGCCCUGAGACGAUGCCACCGGAGCGGUACCAGCUGUUCCGUGCUUCUCUCCUGACAAUCAUCUCCAAAUCCCACCGCUUCCUCCUCAACCCCCUUCCCGAUGGUUCCCUCCCAACAGCCCUCGACUCUGCAACCUAUGCCGUCACCCUCCUGGAAGACGACCCACUCUACAACGCUGGGCGCGGGGCAGUCUUCACUCGCGACGGGAUCAACGAGCUCGAAGCAAGCAUCAUGAUCACCAACCCAACACGCUGGCCUAAGCGUGGGGUCGGUGUGUCCGGGUUGAGGAGGGUCAAGAAUCCAAUUAAGCUCGCCGCUGAGCUGCUGAAAAGGGGAGGGCAGGAUCUCGUUGGGAAGGGUGUGGCAGUGGAGGAUGUAGAGGGGGCAGAGGGGAGGUUAAAUGUCCCCUCUGCGCAGGGGCACACUCAUUUGCAUGGUGCCGCUGCGGAGCAAUUAGCUGAGGCGUAUGGCCUAGAGUUAGUUGACCCUAGUUAUUUUUGGACCAAAGACCGGUGGGAGCAGCAUCGAAGGGGGUUGGAACGGGAGAAAGCGAUGGCCGAGUUAACGUGUAGCGGUCUGCAUGGCUGUGGCACUCCCGCUGGGACUGCAUCCUGGUCGUCGGAUGAGUUCAUUCCCCAAGGAACCGUCGGCGCUGUGGUCGUCGACGCAUACGGUACCGUUUGUGUCGCGACCAGCACAGGCGGGCUGACGAACAAGCUGACCGGCCGGAUAGGCGAUACGCCGACGGUUGGCGCGGGAUUUUGGGCAGAGGAAUGGCUUGAGGAGUUGGAGGGCCAAAAAGCCGGAUCGUCAUCGUGUCCUGCGGUGGUUCUUUCCGGAGCGCUGAAGGGUCUGGUGGCAGAUUGUCUGUCCACGCCGCGGAUGUAUCAACUGGGUUCGUCCUCGCCCAAGAGGGUCGUGACCAAGCGUGCGAUCGCGGUAUCUGGGACUGGCAACGGGGAUUCAUUCCUUCGGACGACGGCGGCCAGGACGGUCGGAGCAAUCGCGCAGUUUGGGAAGGAGUCUGGAGCGGUCGCACUAACGAAGGUUACAGGUCCUGGAGGUGAGCUUCAACGAAGCGCGGGAGAUCGGUGGGGGAAAACGGGCGAAGGUGAGGGCGGUAUGAUCGGAAUUGAGUGUAUAGUCGUGUAUGAUGGAGACGGAAACGCGGUCGAGUCGCGGUCGGAGAUCUUGCAGGACUUCAACUGUGGCGGGAUGCUUCGUGCGUGGGUAGAUGAGCAGGGAGUGGCGUUUAUGAGAGUUUUUCGAAAGGAUCCGGCGCUUGCUGCCAAGUAUGUUGGAGAAGGCAUCCCCGAGGAUCCUCAGAACUGGUGUGGAGAGAAGCUGUGA